AUGGCGCCCGCGGGCGCAAACAUAGCCGCAACCGUACCGGCCCUGCCGGAGGACGUCCUCGUGGAGAUCCUCCUCCUCCUGCCGGCCAAGUUAGUCCUCCGGUACCGCGCCGUCUCCAAGCAGUGGCGUCGUCUCCUCUCCGAUCCCGUCUUCAUCCGUGAUCACCACCGGCGUGCACCCCGCGCCAUCCUCCUCAACAGCACCUUCGUCGGCAUGGGCAUCUCCGUGCUCCAGUUCCCCUACACCGAUCAAUCGACAGUGGCUCCUCUCUAUUGCGGCAUCCCUUGUCAGCAUACGUAUCUCCACGGGUGCUGCCAUGGCUUACUCCUCUUCUCGUGCAAUUGCUUGGAGCCUCAUGAGAUCGAUACCAACGGAGACGUGUUCCGCUACUUCGUAUGCAAUCCGGCGACGCGGGAGUUCACCAGACUGCCCGCUAGCAUUGGCCAGCAGGUGGAAUUCGUGGGUUUCUACCGGCACGCGCCCACGGCCGAGUACCGCGUCCUCUGCCACAACAUACAUCAUCCUUACAAGAUUUACGAGUACCUGGUGGUGGCGCCGGGCCAUCACACGGCCAGGCGACUCGGACCCUCCAACUUGUGGAUGGACACCGACUUUCCGUUGAUGGAUGAAUCGGUGAUUCACCGUAGCUGCCUGCACUGGAUGCUAUGGUGGCGUCACAUGGGGAUUGUCGUGUUUGACACCAUCUCGGAGGAGUUCCGACUAAUGUGUGGCCCGGUGGACAGUGACACUCAUGCAGACAGCAUGUUCGGCCGGCUUGUGGGAGUGGACGGGACAUUGGGCGCGCCGCUAUUCGUGGCAGAUGAGGGGGUGCUCAAGCUGUGGGUGCUCGAGAGCUACGAGGAGGAGGCGUGGGUAUUAAGGUACAUGAUAGACACUAGCUUACUAGAUCAAGGACGCCGGUUUUUCUCCAUAUUGCUCGUCCACGUGAGCGACGAGGGUGACGCUGUAGUCAUGACCUUCGAACGGAAAGGAGUCGGAAAGUCUUUUGCCAUUGGCUUCAAAAGGCCUCGGUGA